AAAUGGGAAAGAGAAGUUAAGUCUAUAGAGAGAGGCCCUUCCUCUACUGCGUAUCCGACCUUCCCCUGGAGAAAGAGGGAAACGGUGACGACGGCCGUGCCGGUUGCAGUUCCGACCUUGGCCCUAGCUAUCCUGAUCUUCCUGCCAAAAACUCUGUUCCCACAACGCCCCUAUGGAAUCCGUGCCGCUUCACCUCCCUCCCAGCUGCCCUCAUAGUACAGACAAUGUAACACCCCGACCGGAAUCCAUGCCGCCUCCGGUCAAUAUCAACCUUCAUACUAUCAGCGACGCUUCCUCCACCUCUGAAAGUGGUUCGUUUGGUGAUAUGGAAUUUCAAUCCAUGCCGCCUAACCUCCUUAACAACCGUGGUCGUGACGUCGACAAUCGAUCCAUCUCUUCAAGUGAUUCUUUUGAUGACGAUUUUGAAUCUGAAUCCGACCAUAUAGUCGCCGCAAGACCCCCAACCACUAAACCCAUGCACCCACGGCUACACAGAGCGGUAGUGGCAGGGGAUGUACAAACGGUGUCUCUUUUCGAACGUGAGCUUCAUCUACAAUUGAACCCCCAAAAGAAUACGGUUGCUCACAUAGCGGCCAGGUUAGGGCACCAUUCCAUCUUUGAACUUCUCUCGAACCAAUGCCCCUCUCUUCUCUGGAAACCAAACGCCAAUGGAGAAACUUCCCUUCAUCUCGCCGCAUGGGCUGGGCAACUAGGCAUUGUGAAUUUCCUUUUGGAUUCCAAUCUAGGAGAUGUUGAAAGAGGGGAUGGAGGAGCUCAACAACUACAAUAUCUGAGAAAGAAAAAUUUGAAAGGGAAUACUGCCUUGCAUGAAGCUUUGAAAAAUGAUCAGGAAGAGGUUGCUCGGGUCUUGGUGACAGCAGAUCCGCAUAUUUCGUAUUGGGUUAAUAACGACGGGAAGUCUCCGGCAUAUUUGGCUGCAGAAGCUGGUCAUCUGCAACUUCUUGAACACAUGUUGGGAUUGCUUGAUGACAGUCACGAUCUUCGCCCAUGGAAAGGAAGUACACCUCUUCACGCAGCCAUUAUCAAGAGAGAUCGAGAGGUCGUAGGAUUGGUGUUAAGGUUCAAGCCAGAGCUAGUCCUGGCAACAGACGCAAAGGGAAGAAAUCCUCUGCACUAUGCUGCAUCAAUAGGUUAUUUUGAUGGGAUUAUUGAGUUGUUCAAAGUAGAUACCCUGCCCGCCUAUCAAGCAGACAGCGGUGGCCUCUACCCAAUUCACUUGGCAGCCAUUAGUGGCCAUAUUAAGGUAAUUCAACUUCUUUUGGAAGGUUGCCCGGACUCUUGGAAGUUGCUUGACAAAGUGAGCUGGAAUAUUCUUCACAUAGCUGCUGGAAUUGGCAAGGAAAAUGUGGUGAAAUACAUUCUAAAGACGCCAGCGCUUGAGAUGCUAAUAAACGAAAGGGAUUACAAUGGAGAUACACCUUUGCAUUUGGCAGCCAUGGGCAGGCAUUCUAAAGUAGUUUGUGUUCUGACUAGGGACAGCAGAGUGAACAUGAGCAUCAUGAACUACAGUAACUUGACUGCUUUAGAUAUUGCAGAGCAAAAGAGUAUCACUGAGAAAAAUGGUGCCACUCUAGCGUCAUUUCGAAAGCUCCUAACAUUGACAGCAUUGAGGAUUGCCAAUGCACCACGAGGCCAAAAGCUAGAUGCCUUCCAUGGCAGAUACAGUUUCCUACCACCUACAAUGCCUCCUUUGAAACCACAUACAGGGUUUUUUAACAGAACCAUAGCUGCCCAACUUUUGCUGGUGUCGACCCUAGUUGCUAUAGUAACCUUCAUUGCAGGUUUUACCAUUCCUGGAGGCUUAAAUAGUGAUGGCCCUGAUCGAGGCAUGGCAACAAUGUUAACCAAUACCAAGUUAAAAGCUUUUGUGAUAUGUGAUACUAUAGCUAUGUAUUGUUCAAUUCUAUCUGCUUUAUCCCUCAUAUUGGCACAAUUAGCAGAUGGUGUGCUGAUGCGUUCCAUUAUUGCUUUUACAUUGCCAUUGUUGGGAAUUUCACUUUCUAUGAUGGCUGUAGCAUUCACCACAGGUCUGUAUAUGGUAACCAGUAGACUUCACUGGCUUGCCAUUGCUGUUUUGAUCGUGUUCAUAAUCUUCCUCGUAUGUACUUUAGCCUUGUUGCUUCCGCUCCUGAUGCCAAUUCAGUCACAACAUCGCUUCCUUCGGAGGAUCUCUUACUAUGUUCUCUAUCUAUUGGCUUCUGCAACUAGGGGUGAUAGUGAUGAUGAUAUGAGAAGAGGACGAGCUUAUUAGGAUAGAUAAUUCAUAGUGUAUGAACAACUUCUUCUUGUAAUAUUUCUGUGAACUCUUUAUUGUAAUGUUUUGAUGUCA